CCCUACUUGACCCGAAUGGACAUGGACGGCGGGAUGGGAGGCAUGAACCCAGCUCCGGCUUCUCCGGCCAUGCCCAGCGGUGGGGGGAUGGGCCACGGAAGCAUGGCGCACAUGGCCUUCUACUGGGGCGAGCGGGCUCAGAUCCUUUUCUCUGGAUGGCCCGGCGAUCGUGGCCACCACAUCUACUUCCUCGCUCUGUUUCUCGUCGCUGCCGCCGCUGCCGUCUGUGAAUUCCUCUCCGUCCUUUCCCGCCGCCUUGCCCCGCAACCAUCUGCUCCGGCCACCCUACGGUCUACCUUCGGCUUGGCCCUCACCGCCAUCCAUACGCUUAAGAUGGGAUUGCUGUAUUUGGUUAUGCUCGCCGUUAUGUCGUUCAACGUCGGCGUCUUCAUCGCCGCCAUCGCCGGACACGCCGUCGGGUUUUUAAUUGCCGGCAGUGGCGCGUUUAAGUGGGCCCGUGGUGGUGGGCCCAAAGCUGCAGCUGCCGCUUCUCUUCCGCCUGUUGAGAAAAUUUAA